AUGGUGAAAUGUUUCAUCAAUAACGAAGACAUGAACUUGCAGCAGGCGAAAUUGGAAGUUCACGGUGAGCCCAUUUUCCUGGGACGACGUGUAGACUCCUAUCGUCAACGUGAAGGCGUGUUGAAGGUCCGUGAGAAAAUGGAUUGCGAACGGUAUAAUUACCUGAGUCACGUCCAGUGUGUGGGCAACGCUAAUCGUGAUUGCGAUCCAGAGUGA